AUGGCACUGGCUCGUAAGAAUAAUAGCAAAAAAAGUGAAAUAAUGUCUUUAGAUACAAUGAGUGUAACAGCACUUAAAAAGAAAUUGAGAGAUAUAGAACGAUAUUUGAAAACGAAUGAAAAACUUUCAGCUAAAGGACAAGUGAGUCUGGAAAGACAAUUGAAAGCGUGUAAGUUGACGCUAAUUGAGAGAAUGGCAGAAAAUAAAGAGAAAGACAUGGCUGCAAAGUAUCGAAUGGUUAAACAUUUCGAUCGAAGAAAGGUUGAGAGAGCAAUUAAACAAACCCAAAAAAAAUUAAGUGAAGUACAGUCAUUACAAGAAAAAGCAAAUGUUGAAAAUAUUUUAUAUGAAUUACAAAUAGAUCUCAAUUACAUCCUAUAUUAUCCAAAGCAUCGAAAAUAUUUGGCACUUCAUCCAUCAAAUGGAGGAGAUGAUGAAGAAAUGGUUUCAAAAAGAAAUGAAAUUAGACAAGUAAUAAAAGAGGCUGUACAAAAUAACGAUUUAGAAUCUUUAAAUAACCGAUUUAGAAACGAGAAUAAAUUACAAGUUAUUAAGAAAAUGGAUAAUAUUGAAAAACGAAAAAAUAAUUUAAAAGGUAAGGUGGCAGUAGAGAGUAAUACGAGUAAAACUAAUAAAUCAUUUGAUGAUGACUUUUUUGGGUCUGAAGAAGAGGACAUGAAUAAUGAUAAUAAUGAUACUGAGGUAUAG